GAGACACAUGUUUGGGACGAGGCAUAUCACUGAAAGAUUAUUACGUGCGAGAUCGAUCGCUCCGAGGACUAGCCAGCCGAUCUGGCACGCACUUCAGGUGGCUCGUUUGAACACAGCGUAUAAAUUGCUAAUAUGGCAGACGUUCGUGCCUCUAGUGUUGUUUAAGUUCGUGAAACUACGUGAGUGACAAAACAGUGAGUUCUGUUACUGAAGGGCACUGUUAUGUGUAUGAGAUCCUGAUUGUCGUGUGCCCCGACGUCCACGUGCGAGUUCGCGAGCCUAACGUGCGUGUGAGAGAGUGACAAUUUCAAGUGGCCGUACGGAUACGCGCGAGACCCCCUCACCGAGAUCCAUCAACACCGUCGGCCGAUUACGACCGAGAGUUAACAUCGACAACCGUUUUCGCGUGUGUUUUUUUCUUUUUUUUUAAACAUUCGUCCACUUUGUUUACCGUCGCGGUCACGAUGGAACUCGCCGCGUCGUGAUACGCAGCUGGUGGCGCUCGUCCCAGGUAUGGUUCUUAUGUCUCCAUGGUACAUGAUACACUUGAUGUAAUCGUCACUGUGGUACUGCGAUAAGGAGGAGGUCACAUUGAGCGGUAACGUUUUUGUCAUGGAUCAUCGGCGAUCCAAUGAAAUUGAAGAGUAUUCCAGUGUUGUACUAGAGAAAGAAAAGUGGAUGUGCUAAUCGUUUGUAAGACACAAGUGCUUCGUGGUGUGCCUGCUCUUGGGCAGAAACAUUUUUCUACUAGUAGUGCCACCGGGCUAUGGCCAACCUGAACUUUGAACAACCGCCACGCAGUAUUGCGAACGCAAGUCUCACUUCACGUGCAGCCGGCGGUGGAGGGGGUUUGAACACAGCGACCCUCACGGGUCAUGUCACGCCCACCUCGGGCAUGUUCUCAGGCUCGUCUGCAAGCACCUCGAGUACAGCCAACUCAGCAAUAGUUGCCACUAACGUUUAUCCUGGAGCGUCGGGCUCUGGUGGACAGAGUAGUCAUCAGCAACAGCAACAACUCUCUCCUAUGGGCAGUAGAGGACUGUUUGGGCAGAGAGCUUUUACUGAUAGACGUACGAUGCCUGCUCUUGGAGCUUCAAAUCCAAUGGGUAGUAUGGGCAGUUUCGGAAUACCUCCAAGUCGUAAUUACGGAUCUCAAGGUGCGGUUAACAAUUUCCACUCUGUUUUUGGGAGUGGAGGCGGCGGAGAUACAAGUACUCCCCCUCUGUUAGAUCUCUCGGAGUUUCCCUCCCUAACGAAUAGAGGGCAAGGUGACUCUAUGCCGCAACCUAGUCCCAUGCCGGGGAAACAGCCUUAUGUUGGGAUGGUGAAACAACCGACAUCCGAAUCGAGCGAAUUUACUAUGAGCUCGGAAGACUUUCCUGCAUUACCGGGCACGCAAAACCGAGAAGGUCCAUCGCCUGGUGGUAGCGUGUCUGGCGAUAAGAAUAUUCCUGUAGGGCUCGGUCCAGAGAUCGGGCAGGACGCAUUGCAGGCCAAUAGAGCCCCCGGAUCUGAAAAAUCUCAGUCUUCUAAAAGAGGCAUCCAAACAUCGCCUGACGGCAAGGUGACAAAUAUACCUGCAAGUAUGGUGAAGGAUCAAUUUGGCAUGGUUGGACUUUUGACGUUUAUUAGAGCGGCAGAGACGGAUCCAAACUUAGUAUCGCUGGCGUUAGGCCAAGAUCUUACCGCAUUAGGACUGAAUUUGAAUUCACCCGAAAAUCUCUAUCAAAACUUCGGUGGACCCUGGGCGGAAACACCCUGUCGACCGCAAGACAUCGACUUUCAUGUACCACCUGAAUAUCUUAUAAAUGCCGCGAUCAGUGCUUGUUUCAGGGAUAAACUAGCGCCAGUUAAACUAAAUCGAUAUAAAGAUGAUCUACUGUUUUAUAUGUUUUAUACAAAUGUUGGGGAUGUAUUGCAAUUAGCUGCGGCGGCGGAGUUGUACAGCAGAGAGUGGCGGUAUCAUAUGGAGGAAAAAGUUUGGAUAACGCAGGCGCCAGGUUUGGGGAUUGUAGAAAAGACCUCGACAUACGAACGUGGUACUUAUUACUAUUUUGAUGCGCAAAACUGGAGAAAGGUAGCUAAGGAAUUCUAUUUGGAAUACACAAAACUAGAAAGUAGACCUCAUCUUCCCGCGAAUUUUCACCAAACUCAGCCUUGACUACAGACUUGUCUGCAGACCACUGUGCUGUCUUUAAGCUGGAAACAAAUCAGCUAUUGUAUAAAUGAACAAAUUUAAUAAUCUUUAAUAAAAACAUAAAAUUUGAAGAGU